AUGUCUUCCAAGCCAUCUUCAGGUGAUCAGCACCGCGACUACCUUGACGACCGUCAUGCUAAGUCUCAGGAUACCGUCUACACCACAUCCAAUGGCGUUCCUAUGCCACAUCCAUACGAGACCCAGCGUAUGGGUGAGAACGGACCUCUACUACUCCAAGACUUCCACUUGAUCGACCUCAUCUCUCAUUUCGAUCGCGAGCGUAUUCCAGAGCGAGUUGUCCACGCCAAGGGAAGUGGUGCCCAUGGUGUAUACAGAACCACCGAGGGUUUAGAGGAUCUAUGUAUGGCAGAUAUGUUUAAGAAGGGCAAGGAGUGCCCAAUCUCAGUCAGAUUCUCCACGGUCGGAGGCGAGUCAGGAUCUCACGAUUGUGCUCGUGAUCCUCGUGGUUUCUCUAUCAAGUUCAGAACUGAUGAGGGUAACUGGGAUCUGGUAGCCAACAACACUCCAGUCUUCUUCUUGAGAGAUCCAGCCAAGUUCCCUCUCUUCAUUCACACACAGAAGAGAGAUCCAUCAACUCACCUUACUGGUGCUGAUGACUCGACCAUGUUCUGGGAUUAUCUCUCCCAGAACCCAGAAUCUAUCCAUCAAGUCAUGAUCCUUAUGGGCGAUCGUGGUAUUCCAGAUGGAUAUCGUCACAUGCACGGAUACUUGGGCCACACUGUUAAGAUCGCCAACAAGGAUGGCGAUUGGAAGUACGCUCAAUUCCACAUGAUCUCCCAGCAGGGAACCAAGUUCUUCACCCAAGAGGAGGCCGCAACCAAGUCUCCAGACUACAGUCAGAAGGAUCUCUACGAGGCCAUCGAGAAGGGCGACUUCCCAAAGUGGUCUCUUGAGGUGCAGACAAUGACCGCUAAGGAAGCUGAGGAUUUAUGGGAGGAGAAGAAGAUCAACGUCUUCGAUCUUACUCACAUCUGGCCACACAAGGACUUCCCUCUCCGCAAGAUCGGUGAGUUCGAGCUCAACGAGAACGCCGAGAACUACUUCGCCGAGAUCGAGCAGAUCGCUUUCAACCCAGCACACAUGGUUCCAGGUAUUGAGCCAUCUGCUGAUCCAGUCUUCCAAUCCCGUCUCUUCUCCUACCCAGAUGCCCACCGUCACCGUAUCGGUGCCAACUACCAACAACUCCCUGUCAACACUCCAAAGGUCAACUACCGCAUGGGUAACUUCCAGCGCGACGGUAACAUGGCUUUCUACAACCAAGGAAAGCGACCAAACUACCUUUCGUCCAUCGAGCCAAUGCACUUCCGCGAGCGAAGCGUCAACUUGGACAAGUUGCACGGCCAUUUCACUGGCAAUGCUGUCACUUUCUUGUCUGAGAUCCGCCCAGAGGACUUCAACGCACCACGCGCCUUGUGGGAGAAGGUCUUCGAUGAUGGAGCCAAGGAGCGAUUCAUCAAGAACGUUUCUGGUCACAUGAGCACUUGCCGAAAGGAGGAGAUUAUCAAGCGUGAGAUCGCCAUUUUCCGUGAGGUCUCCGAGGAUCUUGCCAGCCGUCUCGAGAAGGCAACCGGUAUCAAGGGGUACGAUGGUAUCUCCGAGUUGCAGUUCAACGGAACGCACAACGGAAUGGCCAAGGAUAAGAGCAAGCGUACUGCCAAUGGCAUGAAGGGCGUGACUCUCUCAACUACGGAGAACAAUGGCGCGCCUACUCGUGGCAGCCACGGCGAGUGGUCGAAGGGUACUUCUACCAAUGGCAAGGCCAAUGGCAACUCGAACGGUACCAAUGGCAAGACCAACGGUCACUAG